UGCCUUAUAGAUGUCUUUCCAAUCCACACGCAAAAUUUGAGGGGACAGAGAGAGAGACAGAGGGGAAUGGAGACGAUAGCAAUGGCGGAGAAGAGUUUUGUGUAUGAACAGCCUGACUCUGUUAUCAUGAGAGCUAUGCCUCUGAUAACCCUUUUCGCAGUCUCAUUAUUGGGUUUCUCAGAAAUCAUCGGCAAACACCUCCAGUAUUCAAAGUUCUGGAAUGUUAAUAGCAAUUCUCAGUCCAUGUCAAAGAAGCAGCAGAAGCAGAUCAAGCUCUCCAGUAAAACCGGCAUGCUCAUGUUCUAUGCUCCUGCCUUCCUCGCCGGAGCAGCUUCCUUCUUCCUCUUCCCAGAUGGUGGACUCAGGUUUCUUCUACUCAAAUUGGCUCUAACCAUCCAUUUCUUCAAGAGGGUCUUCGAGGUUCUGUUUGUUCACAAAUACAGCGGAGGCGUGGUUUUGGACUCGGCCAUUCUUGUCUCGGUUGCCUAUUUCAUGUCAACUGCAAGCAUGAUAUAUGUCCAACACCUGACCGAAGGGUAUCCUGAGCCACUUAUUGAUCUGAAAUAUCUAGGGGUUGUUAUAUUUAUAGUGGGGAUCUCUGGAAACUUUUACCACCAUUACCUUCUUUCCAAACUUAGGGAAAAGGGUGACAAAGGAUAUAAACUUCCCAAAGGAGGCCUCUUUCAUCUGGUUAUUUGCCCUCAUUAUCUCUUUGAAAUUCUUGCGUUUCUUGGAAUUUUCUUGAUCUCCCAAACACUGCUUUCAUUCUCUUGUGCUUUGGGUUCAGCUUUGUACUUGGCUGCAAGGAGUUAUGUCACUAGAAAAUGGUAUCUCUCAAAAUUUGAAAAUUUCCCCAGAGAAGUCAAGGCUUUGGUUCCCUAUGUUUUCUAGAUCCUUGGAUGGGAGUGUGAAAAUUAUCUUUAAGUUGUAAUUUUAUGCAUAUAUUGUCAGAAAGAAAGGAAUUUGACACGUUGCAUUUUAGAGAGGCUUUGAAGGUGGAUGUUAUUAUGCAUAGUAUUGAAAUGAUUCCUUAGAGAAAGCAGGAGCUAAUGGACACAUCUGGCUGCCUGAAAU